UAAGUAGUGGUUUUUGUAAGUAUCUAGCUAGCAUUUACACGUCAGAAAUUCUCAAAGGUUAACAUGAAGAAAAUAUCAAAAGCUAUGAAUUCACAGGGUACUUGAAUGUAAACAUUUAUAUCUUAUAUUCAGCUGCAUUAAAAACUUCCAAUCACUUAUAAGAACACAUAAACACAUGUAUACAAAUAGAGGUAAAACAGAGUCAGUUCUGAAGCCAGAGAGACCUAUUACUAAGUAAUUAAAACUUAAGGAAAAUUCUGUGCUCUGAGCCUGUCACUAAACAUAGGAUGUGACCUUUUUUUUCUAACUCCAGUGCUUGCUCAACAGCUUUGAUAUAGACUACAAUACCACAUUAUGUUACAAGAUCAAAGUGUUUACAGAUUAGUAGUUCCAUCUGAGUAAACCAAGUGAAAAGUCAGGACACACACACACACACAAAACCAAAAAAGAGGAAUUGUUGCAGGAAUAUACCUAAAUAAGGCCUCCAAGUUCACUUAUUUUUAAGAAUCAGGGAUAAGUUUCCAACUAACUUCACUGUAGACAACGCCUAUGGCAUGUAUACUAGAACACUUUUUCUAGGUUGCUUUACAGAAACUUGAAGGCGACUUUAGCCAAAAACCCAAAACCACUCUUUUUCUAGAGCCUAUGGAUAGCUAAUAGAGAAUGUAAAUCCUGACUUGAUAGUGUACACCUGUAAUUCUAGCACUCAGGAAUUGGAGAAAAGAGAACCACAAGUUUCCCAUGCUAUGUAAGGCUUUAGUCCAGUCUGGGUUACAGACUUUGUUUUUAAAAAGAAAGAAUGCAGUAUGGCUAGAGGGUGUAGCUCAAGAGUAUCAAAGUCCUGGUUCCUUACUGCAGGAGAUUAUCUAGUUUGGUGGAUAUGUACUAGGGGCUGGCUACACAGAGACAUGACCGCAUUUAAAAUGAUACAGCCAUGGGUCUGUUUCACAGAGCUUCUGAUUUAAUUGGUCCAGGCUACACAAGCAUCUGGGAUUUUAAAGGCCCCUGGUGAAGCUAAUGUGCAUCCAAGGCUGAGAACUACACUUUAGUUCACUGGACAGAUGGCCAGUGCUCCAGUUUUUUUAAAGUUUCAUCUAACUUAUUUUAUAGGCGAGUAGAUCAAAGGAAAACCUGCAAGGGUUGGUUCUCUCCUAUUAUGUUGUCCCCCUGGGGACUGGUCUCAGGUAGUCAGGCUAGGCAAGUGCCUUUACCUGCUGAGCCAUUUUUCCAGUUCUAGAACUCCAAUAUGUAACAAUAGCGCAAACCUCAAGUUUUUGAUAAAAGGUUUAAAAAAAAAUUAAUCAACAGCCAGGUGUUCUGAUUCACGACUCCUAAGUGCAGGGUGGAUUUCUGAGAGUUCAAUGCCAGGCCUGGACUGCAAAGUGAGACCCUGUCUUAUAAAAUAAAAACCAGUAAUAUAGACAAAUUUUACAAACCAAAAUGUCGCGAGGAAUAAUCCAGACUUAAACGGUGUGAUUCUAUUUAAGCAAAAUUCAGUUUUGUUUUUUAAAGUCAGAACAGGGCAGGGGAUGGAAACGCCUAGGAAGGGAAACUAGAAAGAAAUUCCCGGGAUAGAAAUGCUACGUAUUUCCAUUAAGGUACAGACAGAUAUUUAGUUUUCAAAGCAGCGAAAGGAACAACUGAGGCCUCCAUUAUGAUGUUGCCAUAUAUAAACAAGUUAGAAAGAGACGUGAUUAAUUUAAAUGUGGGUAUGUAUCGGUACUACUGAUAACCCCAAACUCUUGCUAUAUGAAAAGCACAAGCCGGAGAUGAAAAUCAGUGAGAAGGGAGAGCAGAGCGCUGACAGGGUCAAGCCUAAAGAAUCACUAGAACGCUGCCGGACGAAUGCCAGGAGCGUCUACUACUCCGGCGCCGGAGAGUCCUAGGAAAAGAAGCCCGCGCGCUUUUUCCGGCAUGCACAAAACCGUCUGAGUGUCCUCACCGGAAGAGUCCGGAGGGAAACGUUGCCACCGGAGCAAAGAACCCGGUAGCAAUUUGGUUCCUUCGCGGAUGCUGGAGCUGUAAGGCUCCGAGCGUACGGCUGAUUGUGGAUCGCAGAAGGAGGACGCUGGGGCCCGCCGUCCAUCCGCUGCUACUAUGAUUCCGGUGUCGCUGGUGGUGGUGGUGGUGGGUGGUUGGACUGCCGUCUACCUGGCCGACUUGGUGUUGAAGUCAUCUGUGUAUUUUAAACAUUCUUAUGAAGACUGGCUGGAAAACAAUGGAUUGAGCAUCUCUCCUUUUCAUAUAAGAUGGCAAACUUCAAUUUUUAAUCGUGCCUUUUACAGUUGGGGACGGCGGAAAGCAAGGAUGCUUUACCAAUGGUUCAAUUUUGGAAUGGUGUUUGGCGUGAUUGCCAUGUUCAGCUCUUUUUUUCUCCUUGGAAAAACACUGAUGCAGACUUUGGCACAAAUGAUGGCUGACUCUCCCUCUUCUUAUUCUUCCUCUUCUUCCUCUUCCUCUUCUUCAUCCUCUUCCUCCUCUUCCUCCUCCUCUCUUCACAAUGAACAGGUGUUGCAAGUUGUGGUUCCUGGUAUAAAUUUACCUGUCAAUCAGCUGACUUACUUCUUCGCUGCAGUCCUCAUUAGUGGUGUUGUACAUGAAAUUGGACAUGGUAUAGCAGCUAUUAGGGAACAAGUUCGAUUUAAUGGCUUUGGAAUUUUUCUCUUCAUUAUUUAUCCUGGAGCAUUUGUUGAUCUGUUCACCACCCAUUUGCAACUUAUAUCACCAGUCCAGCAGCUAAGGAUAUUUUGUGCAGGUAUAUGGCAUAAUUUUGUCCUUGCUCUCCUUGGUAUUUUAGCUCUUGUUCUCCUCCCAGUAAUCCUCUUGCCUUUUUACUACACUGGAGUUGGGGUACUUAUCACUGAAGUCGCAGAGGACUCACCUGCCAUUGGACCCAGAGGCCUUUUUGUGGGAGACCUUGUUACUCAUCUACAGGAUUGUCCCGUUACUAAUGUGCAAGAUUGGAAUGAAUGUUUAGACACCAUUGCAUCUGAGCCCCAAAUUGGGUACUGUAUAAGUGCAUCAACGUUACAACAGUUAAGCUUUCCAGUUAGAGCAUACAAACGACUAGAUGGUUCUACCGAAUGCUGUAACAAUCACAGCCUCACAGAUGUGUGCUUUUCCUACAGAAAUAAUUUUAAUAAGCGUUUGCAUACAUGUCUGCCUGCCCGGAAAGCAGUUGAAGCUACUCAAGUUUGUCGAAGCAAUAAAGAUUGCAAAAGCAACUCAGGUUCAAGCUUCUGUAUAGUACCAUCCUUGGAAACUCACACUCGAUUAAUAAAAGUGAAACAUCCCCCACAAAUUGAUAUGCUUUAUGUCGGGCACCCACUGCAUCUUCACUACACAGUGAGCAUUACAAGUUUUAUCCCACGUUUCAACUUUCUAAGCAUAGAUCUACCAGUGAUUGUGGAGACAUUUGUCAAAUACCUGAUUUCUCUUUCUGGAGCUCUGGCUAUUGUUAAUGCAGUACCCUGCUUUGCCUUGGAUGGUCAGUGGAUUUUGAACUCUUUCCUGGAUGCUACCCUUACUUCAGUGAUUGGAGACAACGAUGUCAAAGAUCUGAUAGGAUUUUUCAUCUUGCUUGGUGGCAGUGUACUUUUGGCUGCCAAUGUGACACUGGGACUCUGGAUGGUUACAGCACGGUAAUAUUUGCUCUCAUCCAACAGAAUUAAGUACAGCUACAUGGUAAUAUCUGUUGCCAUUGAAAUUCUUAAUAGGUAUGAUAUAUAAAGUGUUUCCUUAAAACAUCGUGGCCAACCUCUUUGAGCUCCUAAUAUCUAGAGAAUCCAAAAAAUCGGUAGUAGAAGAGUGGAAGAAAUGAGAAGCAUAAUUCUUGACUAUAUUCUACUUUUAAAGAUUGAGAGUGCAAACUCUGAAUGUUUCUUGAAUAAUUUUUAAACAAGUGAAAAUUCAUUCAUGUAAUACCAUUUUGUGUGACUAUAUAGCAUUUUGGAAUAGUAAAAGGAAAAGCAGAAUCUGGUAGGAAAACGUGUGUGUGCGUGUGUGUGUGUGUGUGUGUGUGUGUGUAUGUGCGCAUCUGUAUGUGUUCUACUAGUGUUUGAAACCAGGCCUUACUUAUGCUACUCACGCUAAGCUUGCCUGUCCCAGGUAAAAUUUACUGCAAAGUGCCAUUAAGAUGAUGUGGUGGUACAUACCUAUAAUCCCAACACUUGCCUAUAUGUGUUUGGAAGGCUAGGGCAUAAGGAUCAUGAAUUCAAGGCCAUCAUCUUUAGCUACAUAGUAGGUUCCAGACCAGCACUGGCCAUAUAGCAAGACCCUGUCAUGGUGUGCAUACAUGUGCGCACACGCACACGCACACGCACACGCACACACACACACACACACACACACACGCACACACAAUCAUUAUUAAUGAUUUGAGGGAGGCUAGACCUUGGUUAAAUGGGAGAUAGAGCAAGUGCUCUUGGUUUUGUAACUCUUGUCUUUAUCUUGUUUGAAAAGUAUUUUAAAGUUUAAUGGUGUAUUAUUCUAUACUCUGAUUGUAAUUCUAUGAAAGUAUCUGCUACCAUGAAAGCAAAAACUCUGUUCAAGUGAUACCAAGUAAAUGAACAAUGUUGAAAGUAGAUAAGGCCUGUGAUAUGAUAAGACAGUUUGUCACACAAGUAUUGCCCUUUUCAGGUAUAGGUCCACACUCUUUACAACAUCCUGGCCUUGUUAUAUAUAAAUAUGCUGCAGGAAGGAUCUCUUACAGCAGCAUGUGAGCUCAGGCAGUUAGAGGUGAACUUGAGAACUAAGCUGAGUCCUCUAACAGAUCACAGAACUUCAGCAAAUCUGCUUACCACUUCCUAGAGCUUAGCAGCUUAGAACUCUUCCAGGGUAGACCUUCUUGUGCUGCAAGAACAUUCAACCCUGAGCCAUACUGUCCUCACCAGCACCUAGUAUGUUUCUCUCUGUUGGCGGGGUUAAACACCUAAGCUUUGCUUUCCAUCUCCCCCUAAGCUACCUCUGUGAAUACACAAAAGACUUGCUAGUCUAGUGAUAAUAGCUGCACAAACUAAGAUUUCCCAGAAUCUACAAACAGACAUUUGAGCUCUAAAGAACCACAAUUGGUCUUGCAGGGUAGCAGUUCAAUCCUGGGAAAUUCAGAAAGUCAUCUGGCUGAUGUGACGCUGUUAGUCUUAAGAAUAUAUAUGCACAUACUGUUUCUGUCAUGAAAAAUACAUAUUUCACGAAACACACACAUUAGAGGUAACAAAAGGCAAUGAUUCAUUCAUUAAUAGGCAGAUAUAUACCUCCCUCCUGAACUAAGGUACUUCAUAAGGUUACCUUUUUCAGAACAUUAGUUCUCUUAAGCGCCUAAAACUUUUAAAUCAAUUUUUAGAAAUUUUUUAGACUUUAUUACAAAUUUGCCUUCAUUCUUUAAUAGGAAUCAUACACUGAAUAUCAUUUUGAGAUUUUAUUAGUGAUGGGCCACUAGUUACUAAUAGUACUAAAGUCAUACAAAUUACUAACUUUUAUCACAGAAAAUAUCACAUUGUUGUCUUCUAAGAUCACUCAGGACCAAAAUGUACCUGCAUACUAAAAAUGCACAGACCUUUUCAGGUAAAGCUUAGAGAAUGCCAUGAAAUACUCAACAAAAUUAACUUCAUCGUAUGCACUAAGCAGUCUACUAAUGAAAAUGUAUGUGUGUGAAUCAUUUUUUCAAUACUGAGGAAAGCAAUGUUUGGUGUGGUAGUUACAGAACCCAGGACCUCACACAUGCUAGCAAGUAUUCUACUAAACUAUGUCCAUAGACCAUGAAAAUAUUUUAAUAAGAGGAAAGUCUAUUCAUUAACUUCAUUUUCUGAGUGAAGGCAACAACAAUACAAAACCUCAUUUUAUAUUAGCUGCUGAACACCUCUGCCAGCUAAUCUUUAGGGUCCGGGUUUGGGAGCUUCUCUCCUGGAAGUCCAGCAGAUUCAUAUGCAAAUGGCCUCAUUACUAAAGAAAGGAGAUGUUACAUAUUGUCUCUUCAGCUUCACUGUGGGCUCCUUACCUCCCUGCAUAGUGCAUGAGCUAUCAGAAGUGCUUAAUGUGCUUGAAUGGAUGAUGAUUAGUGUUAUUUAUGGAUAGAAAAAGCAUGCUUCUAUUUAAGCUGUAAAAAGGAUUGUUGAAUAUUUACUGUAAAUAUAUGUUGACAUAGUAAAGCUUGGAAUGUCUUAUGUCCCUGGUGUAUUAUCAUCUUUAUGGAAAAGGUUCAUUUUGAUUUCUGUAGAGCAAUUAGAAAAACAAAUUAUAUUGGAAAAAUGAAUUAUGUUGGUGAUUUGAAGAAGUAUCUGUGUGUUGUCUCUUUGUUCAACAAUGAAACUUUAUUCUCAGUGUUCCUAUUCUGCAUUGUUUACAUUCUUAAGGUUUUUAUUUUAAUCAUCCAUAAAUGUAAAAAAAAUGUAUAUUAUUUUUAGCAUCUCAGUUUGAAGAGACACACAGUUAAACUUGACUUUUUGAUAAACACUUCUAGGUCAUUGUCUGUGCUAACAGCAAAUUGUAAACAUACGCUUCAUAGUGAUGUGGCUUUUUGUCAACAUUGUGUCCUCGGUAUUUAUUGAGCAGCCACAUACUAGUGGCACACAGAUUGUUAUUUUUCAAUAACUUUUGAUUGAGCUGUAAUUCAUUUUAAGGCUUUAAUUUGAUUUUAUAAUUGUCAGAAUUGUGAUGUCUAGCAAUAAAAGAACAAAUGUAAACCAGCA